AUUUUUGAUGAGUUCUUCAUCUAGUUCCUCAUCUUCGGUGUCUUCUUCAAGAUCAUCUUCAUCAAGUUCAUCAUCUUCAUCUAGAUACUCUCACAAAAAGUAGAGAAGAAAAAACAAAUAAAAAGGAGAUUAAGAUGCUGGCCAUUUUGAAUAUAAAAUUGGGAUGAAAAUAAAAGCAGGAUAAUUUGUUAUCACACGAUUUUUAGGAGAUGGCACCUUUGGUCGUGUAUUGGAAGUUUAAAAUUGUACUAGUUAUUAUGCCAUGAAAGUAAUAUUAUUUGGAUUUAAAAGUGCAUAAGGGCUGUAGAAAGGUACAUAGAAUCAGCAAAAAUAGAAACCAAAAUAUUGUGGUACAUAUAAGAGAAAGAUAAGAGUGGACAAUUUAAUAUUGUGAGACUAUUUACAUCUUUUGAAAGAUAUGACAAUUAUUUCAUGGUUUUUGAGAGGGUAUCUCUAAAAUAAUCAUUAAGUUAGGGAAAUCAUUAUAUGACAUAAUAAAAUAGAACAACUUCAUAGGUUUUCCUAUGAAAUAUGUGUAAUCAUUUGCCAAAUAGAUAAUUAUCUCUGUAGCUUUCCUUCAUCAAAAUUAACUCACUCAUACAGAUCUAAAACCAGAAAAUAUAUUGACUACCAAUUGUGAAUAUAAAUAAGUUCCUUUUAAAGGAAGAUAGUAUAAUUUAUAUCUCAUAAAUUAGAAUUUGGGUUCCUGAAAGAGAAAUUCUUAAAAUCAUAGAUCUUGGAGGAGCUACUUUUGAUUAUGAAUAUCACAGCACUAUUAUAAAUACUAGAUAAUAUCGUGCUCCUGAAGUUAUUAUGGGUUAUCCAAAAUGGAAUGAAAGAAGUGACAUUUGGUGUAUUGCUUGUGUUUUACUUGAAUUAUAUACAGGUAUUAUAGAAUUAUUUAUUAUUUAGGAGAAUUGUAUUUCUAAAAUAAAGAUGAUUUAGAACAUAUUGCCAUGAUUGAAAAAGCUAUUGGACCUAUGGAAUACCGUCAUUUCAAGAGUUCCAAAUAUAAAACAUUCUUCAAUUAUGAUUAAAAGUACACUUAUUGAAAUUAGAGGUACUUUGAUUAGCAUCGAUCCUAUUUCAAAUGGAAUUCGGUAGCACCAAGUGAUUCUGCUAUUGAAAGAGUUAAGAAAUUGAAAACUUUUGAAGAAUUAAUCCCAGCUAAACAUGCCCUCUUUAUUGAUCUAAUUAGAAAAAUGCUCCGAAUUGAUCCUGAAGAAAGAGUCCCUUUAAGAAAACUUAUUCAUCAUCCAUUUUUUCAACACGUAUUCCAAGAUUGAUUAUUAUCUAAAUAAAUUGUUCACCUUAAUUUUACAACAUCA